ACCAUUCAAACACACUCUAACUGCUCGAGAGAGAGAGAGAGAGAGAACAGGAGCAAUCCUCAACACACCGACUCGAUCCUACAAGUGCAAGUGAAGGGAAAAAAGAACUUGAGAAAGUCGAAUGAAAAUGUUUGUGGGGCUGAAGAGCAUGAAGUUUGCACCAAUACUGCUGCUGGCACUGGCUUAUUUGGUAUCCGCUGCCGAUGAGUGCCGAGCUCCCUGUCACUGUCCUGAGCAGCCGCCGCUCUGCCCUCCCGGAGUCUCUCUGAUCACUGACGGCUGCGGCUGCUGCAGUGUCUGCGCCAAGCAAGCGGGCGAAGUGUGCACUCGCCGCCAGCCCUGCGACCUCCACAAGGGCCUGUUCUGCGACUUCGGAUCCGCCACGUACAGCACAGUCGGAGUCUGUGCAGCUAAAGAAGGGGCUCCUUGCUUGUUUGAUGGUGUUGUGUACAGGAAUGGUGAAACCUUUCAAAGUGGAUGCAAGUAUAAGUGCACCUGUCUGGAUGGCUCCAUCGGCUGUGUCCCUGUCUGCAGUGUGGAGAUUCGCUUGGCUAGCCCAGAUUGUCCUAUGCCCAAGAAGGUUAAAGUGCCUGGCAAGUGCUGUGAAGAAUGGGUCUGUGAAGAACCCAGACGCCACACCAUGGUUGGGCCUGCACUUGCAGCUUACAGAGAAGAAGCCACCUAUGGCCCUGACCCUUCCAUGUUCCGUGCCAACUGCCUUGUACAGACCACUGAAUGGAGUGCCUGCUCCAAGACCUGUGGAAUGGGCAUCUCCAGCCGGGUAACUAAUGACAACAGAGAGUGCAGACUGGAGAAACAGACGAGACUCUGCAUGGUUAGACCUUGUGAAAUGGAUAUGACAGAUACCAUUAAGAAAGGCAAAAGGUGUAUCCGGACUCCAAAGGUUUACAGACCUACCAAGUUUGAAUUCUCUGGCUGUACCAGUGUGAAGUCUUACAGAGCCAAAUUCUGUGGUGUUUGCACCGAUGGCCGAUGCUGCACCCCUCACAGAACCGCUACUCUCUCUGUCGAGUUCAAAUGUCCUGAUGGCCAACUCGUAAAGAAGAAGAUGAUGUUCAUCAAGACCUGUGCCUGCCACUAUAACUGCCCCAUGGACAAUGAUGUCUUUCAGUCCUUGUAUUACAGGAAAAUGAUGGGUGACAUGGCAUAAACUGUGUAAUCGAUUUAAGACUUCUUAACUGGAAAGGUUUUCCAUCUCCUAUACAAAGGUCACUGCGUAACACAAAGGAAAAUAUUGGCACGCUGAAACAUGAUCAGUUAUCAAUUGAGAAAUGGAAACAUGUCAGAGCACUCAGCCUAGAUUUUGAAACUGCAUUGCUUGUACACUGUUAGCUGUAAUAUCAUUGUAAAUAAUGUACAUAUGUGUACAGUUGUCUAAGUUAAUUUAAAUGUAUGUGCCUUAUAUUGUUUAUUGCUUGAGUACUGUAGUUAUAGACUUGACAAAAUGACUGUUCUUUGAUUUCUUUUUUAUUUUUGAACAGUUAUUAUAACAUUUGAGAAGUGUGACCAAAAGUUAAAUGUUUGCACUUUUCUAGUUCAAAAUAAAAUAUAUUUUUGAUACAAA